AUGGCCGCCGUGAAGAAGGUGGUGGUGAAGCUGGACCUGCACGACGACACGGGGAAGCGCAGGGCGAUCAAGGCCGUCUCCACUCUCUGUGGCAUCGACCAGAUCGUCGUGGACAUGAAGGACGACAAGAUGACGGUCGUGGGCACGGUCGACCCCGUCCACGUCGUCGGCAAGCUGCGCAGGCGCUUCUGCACGGUGCAGGUGGUCUCCGUCGGCCCGGCCAAGGAGGAGGAGAAGAAGGAGGUCUCCGUCGGCCCGGCCAAGGAGGAGGAGAAGAAGAAGGAGGUCUCCGUCGGCCCGGCCAAGGAGGAGAAGGACGACUGCGGGUGCGGGGACAAGAAGGACGCGAGCACGCUCGUCCCAGUGUGCCUGCCGGCGUGCUACCCGCCGCCGCACUGGUACCCGCCGCCUCAGCACCCGCACCCGUGCUACUUCAUCCACACCGAGGAAGGCCCCAAUGCGUGCGUCAUCUGCUGA